UCACAUUAAUGGCCGAUUGACAACUCACCACGACACACAAAGUGGGCGAUAUUGUCAAUAUUUCUAGGUGUGGUUUCUGAAACAUAGGAGUUUCAUUCAAUCAUGGCUAGUCCCAGGACCCGAAGAGUCCUGAAAGACUUAAAAAUUAAGGAUGGAAACAACAAUUGUUUUGAAUGUAAUGUACACAACCCUCAGUGGGUCAGCGUUACGUACGGCAUCUGGAUCUGUCUUGAGUGUUCAGGAAAACACAGAGGUCUUGGUGUUCAUUUAAGUUUUGUCCGAUCGGCUACGAUGGACAAAUGGAAGGACACAGAACUGGAGAAAAUGAAAGUUGGUGGAAACAAUAAAGCAAAGAGUUUCUUUGAAUCUCAGUCAGAUUACCAUGCUGGCAUGAGUAUACAGGAGAAAUACAACACACGGGCAGCUGCGCUCUACAGAGACAAGAUAUCCACAGAAGCUGAUGGCCGGUCGUGGAGUAUAGAGACAUCACCAGCUAGGAAUUACGUUUCAUACUCACCGAGACUAAACACAUCUGCUUCCCAACCUCGAUUGUCUCAUCUGUCAGCCACCAACAGCAAUAUACACACAAGUCAUAGUAGUAGUGAACUGGAAAACAAUUACCAUGACAACUUCAAUUUUCAAAGUGAUGAAUUCAAACAACAUAAACAAAACUUUUUUGACCAACGGAUUGCUGAAAAUUCCUCCAGACCAGAUGAUCUUCCUCCCAGUCAGGGCGGGCGAUACGUCGGUUUUGGCAGCACGCCAAUGGAACCAGAAAGAGAUGACAUCUUCGACAGCACCAUGUCCACACUGCAUUCGAGCUGGUCUACUUUUGCUGUGGGUGCCACAAAGUUUGCUUCAGCUGCUACUGAGAAGGCAGUAAAAAUUGCCAGUAGUGCAACGAAGAAGACCAAAGAAAUUAGUCAGACUGUGAAUGAAUCUGUCAUCAGACCCACUCGUGAUAAGGUAGCCGAGAGCAAUCUCGUAGACGGUGUAUCUGCCUCGGUGUCGAGUCUUGCUGAAAAAGUCAAAGACGGGACUUUAAUAAAUGACGUAGGCAGCUCAAUGAGUGGGUUUGCAUCAAAGUUAACCGCAGCCAGUACGAAAGGAUGGAAAGACCUAUCGUCGCUGUGGGCGGAGCCGAAGACGACCCUGGCCACAGCUGACACGAGUCCCUGCGAGAAAACUUCUCUACUCGGCAUCAAGCCAACUGACACUGAUGGUGACACCCCGAAGAACUGCCUGUUGCCCGGUGACGACGAUUCUUGGGGCGACUGGGACGAAGACGAGUCUCCCGGGCAGAACGGCAACAAAAGAGACAAGGGCUCUGAGUGGUCGGCUGGGAAUGAGGACGAGUAUGAAGCGUGGCUGAACGACAACAACUCGUCGCCGUCAUCCAAGAAGUUGAUUCAGGAUGAGUGGGACGACUGGGGCAGCAGCAGCGGUGGAGGGCAGCCCGAAAAACCACCGUCCAGCUCAAACAGGAAGCCUAAAGAAUCGAAGAAAUACUCGAAAGUGAAGCACGACGGCUGGAAAGAUGCGGAGUGGGACACGGGUUUCACGAGCGAGUCCAGGCAGAGGGAGCCACUGGUGGGCAACCUGCUGGAUCUGGGCGACACGGCCGGAUCAGGGGGUACGGAUAAUAAGGGCUGGGAUAACGAGGUGUGGGCUAACGACGAGGACGAUGAAUGGCAGAGUCUAGAGCUCGAUAGCAAGGCAAAGAAAGCCAGUUAAACACAGAUCAUGUGGUGGUGUUGGCACCAAAACGUUUACGAAAUAAGGCUGGAGAUUGGUUGCAGUUCAAAGAAAGAUGGUUAAACAUAGAUCAUGUGGUGUUAUUACCAAAACAUUUAGAAAAUAUGUCUUGGGAUUGAUCCAGUUCAAAGAAAGCUGAUUAAAGCUAGGUCUUGAUGUUCUGUGACCAGACAUUUAGAAAAUAAGUCUUAGAAUUGAUUGCUGUUCAAAGAAAGCCAAUUAAACAUAGAUCAUGUGGUUUUAGCACCAAACAUUUAAAAAAUAUGUCUAGGAAUUGAUUGCUGUUCAAAGAAAGCCAAUUAAACAUAGAUCAUGUGGUUUUAGCACCAAACAUUUAAAAAAUAUGUCUAGGAAUUGAUUGCAGUUCAAAAAAAGCUGGCUAAAGCUAAUUUUUGUGGUUCUGUCACCAAAUGUUUAGAAACAAAUAUCUGGAUUUGAUUGUAUUGUGGAAAAAAAAGCCAGUUAAAGGUGGAUUGUGUGGUUUAGUGACAACAAAUUAAGAUUUUGUGACCAAAUGAUUAGAAAAUAAGUUUGAAGCUUGAAACCAAUAUAAAGAAAUCCAGUUGAAAAUGGAUGGUGAUGUUUGUGACCAAGUUUAAAAGUGGUUGGACAGGAGUGAAAGCAUGUUACAGAGAUCUGUAGUGUGGAGGAGUAGUGAAUGGUGCAUGGUUUGUUAAACUGAUAUCGGCAGGUGUAGAUAUUCACACAUCAAUUCCAGUGAGGUGACAGUAGAUUUAGGGUAUAUGUUAGUGUUUCAAAUAUUCAGACCGGACAUGUUGACACAAGUGAUGAUAUUUGUUUGGUGGUCAGGGAAAUGCAGUCAAACAUUGUUAUCUUUCUUGUUUUACGAGUCUGAGAUAUCUCGAGGUUGAGAAAUGGUCCUCUGUCAUAAUUUUCGCUAAAAUAAUUGUAACAUCUGUUAUGUUCAUCUCAAACAACCGAUGUGUCGAGAGUGUUGGUCUGGACCCUUCAACACUGAGAUAACGAAGUUUGAGUGUAGAUUCAAAUCAAUCAAAUCAGAAGAUAUUUUUAAUUUAUUGUAAGUAUAUGCUGAAAACGACUAACAGAUGUAUGUAAAUAAUAUAUGUGAUUAGUUUAUUUAUGAUGUUUAUGCAGAAUAGAUGUAAACAGGAUGUGUGUGUAUGUUGGGUGAACUCGUCCGAAAGCCACAGACUGUUUUGAAACUUACCUAUAUCAAUGUCAGAUUAAUGACGAUAGAACGUGGUACUUUGAUGCGUUGUAUGUUGAUGCGUGUAGAAUAAGUCGGUAUUUGUUGUGUGUGCAGGACUCAUAGGUUCAGUAAACAGUGCUAGUACCAGGUGUUUGGAGGAUACAGUUUAUAGUGGUCACAAGCACUGGUAUGGGUGCAUCAGAAUAGAAAAAAGACAUUUCGUGCAAUUUAUCGUUACCUUGUGGCAGGCUUGCAUUAGUAUCUAGUAUACUUUAACAUGUAGUAAGUAUUAUGAAUUGGCUACGGCAAGUGCUUGAUGUGGCUAAGAAGCAUUCCAUUGUGAAAUGUUGCAGACAGAUGACUACCAGUACAUGUACAAGUGAAUGAGGUAACAAAGUGCUUUGACAAAUGUCCUUCACUGUAGAUUUACACGAAGAAAACUGAUACCUGGUAGGUGAUGAAAGGAACUGGCUGUACACCAGUACCAACCCCACCAAAUAGCGCAACAGUACAGUCUGAAGGACACCACAGUUAUUUACAAAAUAACUGGAAAAUCAAAUUAAAAACCUCUGGUCUCAAUUCACAGAUGUUUAAAGUCACAAACCCAUGUUUCAGCCCUUGAAAACAGACAACACAAACAUAUAACAGGUUUGGAUAAAGUUACAAUAGGGUAAAACAAGAGUGUAGGACAUUGAAAUGGAGACAAACCCACGUUUCAGCCCUUGAAAACAGACACAACAAACAUAUAACAGGUUUGGAUAAAGUUACAAUAGGGUAAAACGAGAGUGUAGGACACUGAAAUGCAGACAAACCCAUGUUUCAACCUGUGAAAAUGGACAUUAAAUUUGGUUAAUCUACAAACGUAUAACAUAUUUGGAUAAAGUUACAGUAGAGUGAAACAAUAGAGUAGGAUGUUGAAAUGGGGACAUACCCUUAAAAAUAGGCUAGUCUCUAUAACUGUUACUUCUCGGAUGUAUUGGCAUUUUUUUAAAUAUGAAAAAUGUGUUUUUUUAUAUUAGAGACAGCAGUAUUACCAGAGCACUUUAGAUGUACAGAAAUAGAUAAUCUAAAUAAUAAUAUCUAUGUAAUGUCUGAUUUCAGUUAUCAAAAUGAUAGUAAUAGUGAUAAAUGUGCCAUAGUCUUUAAAAACUAGGGUCUGUCACUUAAUCAGUGUGGCCAUCUGCAAAUCAAGUGUGUUUAGAGAAUGGGUUAUCAUUGGCACCAACAACAUCGACCACUUAGAAUAUAUUUUACAUCCUCAUCUAGUUUACUCUAAAAUUGACACCUAUGAUGGACUUUAUGACUGAACUUUGACCUAGUAAUUAACAGUGCAGUGAGACCUAGGUUUUUCUUCUAAAUUGAACAAAGCCUUCCUUACUAUUAUACUCUCUUCCAGCACCUGCCACUUGUGAAGUUUUACACAAAUUACCAAUAUCAGUAUUUCAUAUAUAAUUUUGUUAAAGGCAUUUGUUUUACCAUGCAUAUUGUGACAAAUGUUCAUAUAUGUACAGUUGACUUUUGGUUUUCUGUUUUUCGUUUUUCUUUUUUUUUUUGGGUGGGGUAGGGUUUAUUCUUAAAGAAAUAACUUUUACAAUUGCUUUGUCUUGUUUCGUUUCUGUUAUAUGCUUUAAGAGAAGUGCUUGUUCUAAGUGGUGAGCUUCGCGUCAAUGGAACAUGCAGCUAGGGCCUCCACGAGUCCAAAAUAUUGGACUCGAGUACUUGAGGGUCAAACUCGACCCGGACCCGAGUACUCGCCAUUUACAUUAGAUGAUAAUGAGACUAAGGAAUAAAGUAAAAUAGCUUUAUGCUUCUUACUUCCAACGCUGAACAUGGAUGCCCAAUCAUACCAUUGUAUGUAUUGCAUUCAGCACAUUUGACUUUUUCCCCCUGUAUGUCUCAUAGCAUAUAAUGUAACCGGCGGGAAGCAUAAUAUGACGUAAAAAAAAUAUUUAAAUGAGCGUGCUCUUCGUUGCACGGGUACUCGAGUCCUGUGAACGGACUCGAGUCUUUGCUAGACUCGACCCGCACCCGAGUACUCGAGUACUCGUGGAGACCCUACAUGCAGCUUUGUUGGAGUUAACAUGUCUAGCUUCUUUUGAACCUCUUGGGGCUAGGCCUUGGUUUGUGUCUGUGUUGACAUGAGUGCACGCUUAAAUGUCUUGGUACAAUUUUGUGCUGUUGUGAAAGCUCUUUUGUUGUUGUUUGAUAUUGAAAAAAAUAUCACUGAAUGUAUGAAGCUGUUCAUUGCCAUGUCAUUCAUUGGUCUGCCUGGAAAUCAUAUUAGUGAAUGUUAUUUAGAACUCUGGUUGUACAAACUGUUUUUUUGCAAUAUUUCAUUUGGUGACCAAUAGAAAAAUAAAAGAAAGUAUUUGACCAA